CAUGAACACCGAUGCCCUAAAUCCGCUCCCGUCCUCUCUAGCUAUCUCCUCCUCUCCCCCGAAACUCACAAAACCUCUCGCCGCUUCCCAAAAAACCCUAGAGAUAGCGUAUCCGAUCACAUUAUACAUCCGAGUACGCUAUUGGAUUCAGAUAUAGUCUUAUAGAGAAGCUCCUUCCCUCUCCUUCCUCGCUUGAAACCCUGAUUUUUGGUGUUCUUCUCCUGAAGAUUUUGGACUGAGAAGAUGUCGGAUGACGAGUUAAAGGAGGAGAAGGAGUUGGAUCUCACUUCUCCUGAUGUUGUAACCAAGUACAAAACCGCCGCUGAGAUCGUUAACAAGGCUCUGCAGCUUGUUGUAUCCGAGUGCAAACCGAAGGCGAAGAUCGUAGACAUUUGCGAGAAGGGGGAUGCCUUUAUCAGAGAACAAACUGGUAAUGUGUACAAGAACGUGAAGAAAAAGAUCGAGAGGGGUGUGGCAUUCCCAACUUGCAUAUCCGUAAACAACACCGUGUGCCAUUUCUCGCCCCUCGCGACUGACGAAACCGUCUUGGAGGAAAAUGAUAUUGUAAAAAUAGAUAUGGGGUGUCAUAUAGAUGGGUUUAUUGCUGUCGUGGCCCAUACUCACGUAAUUCAGGAAGGACCGGUCACUGGGCGUGCAGCUGAUGUUAUUGCUGCUGCUAACACUGCAGCUGAGGUUGCUUUGCGGCUUGUUAGGCCUGGGAAGAAGAACAAGGAUGUUACAGAAGCUAUUCAGAAGGUAGCUGCUGCUUAUGACUGCAAAAUUGUGGAAGGUGUCCUUAGCCAUCAGCUGAAACAGUUUGUCAUUGAUGGAAAUAAAGUCAUACUUAGCGUGUCGAACCCCGAGACCAGAGUUGACGAUGCUGAGUUUGAAGAAAAUGAAGUUUAUGCAAUUGACAUAGUCACUAGCACGGGCGAAGGGAAGCCAAAACUUCUGGAUGAGAAACAAACGACUAUCUACAAGAGAGCCGUGGACAAAAACUACCACUUAAAGAUGAAAGCGUCAAGAUUCAUUUUUAGUGAAAUAAAUCAGAAGUUCCCAAUCAUGCCUUUUAGUGCAAGGGCUUUGGAAGAGAAGCGUGCUCGGUUGGGCCUGGUAGAAUGUGUGAACCAUGAUCUUCUGCAGCCAUAUCCCGUACUUCAUGAGAGACCAGGUGACCUUGUCGCUCAUAUCAAGUUCACAGUCUUGUUGAUGCCCAAUGGAUCGGACAGGAUUACAUCCCAUCCGCUUCAGCAGCUGCAGCCAACGAAAUCCAUCGAGGACAAUGCUGAGAUCAAGGCAUGGCUUGCUCUGGGCACAAAAACAAAGAAGAAAGGCGGGGGAAAGAAGAAAAAAGGUAAGAAAGGUGAUGCCAAAGAUGAUUCAGCUGAAGCAGAGCCCAUGGACGAGGAAGCAUCAAAUGGUGCGGCGACCCAGGGAUGAGAGAUUUACAGUUUUGCCCUUUUCUGUGUUUCUCGCUUGUGUUAUCUAGAGACCCCUUUUUUUUCAUCUUUUUUUUUUUUUCCGCUCCUGUCAUGGCCCUGAAAGGAAGUAUUCUGCAGAAGCUUCUCGGCAAACAGUUUACACAGAGGGACAAUAAAUUCUAGAGCUGCCGAAGCUUUUGGAUCUUAAUUAUACUAAUUUAAACAGUCAAAUUGUGGCUAUGCUACGUGGUUUGUGUUCAUUGUAUGGGAUUUAAUUCAGAUUCUAUCUCUUCUGGACAGUAGGUUUUUCUGUUGAAUCAUUUCGUCCAGUCUCAUGUGAACUCAUAAAAUCUUUGAUUAGCACUUCUGAACGCCGUUCUAUAUUUCCUACCAUUAAAUUGUAAUCAA